AUGCCUGUCGAAGUAGCGAACGUUGCGCCGGAGGUUACUUCGUUGCCCAACGGCGAUUUGAAAUCCCAAAACCCUAGCGGCGCCGCGAAGAAAUCUCGGGAAUCCGAGCGCCGCCGGAGGCGUCGGAAGCAGAAGAAGAACAAGCAUAGCGGCGACGGCGGAGAUGACAUCGACGCUGCUGCGGAGGACGCCAACGGCACCGCCGAGGAUAGCUCUAAAGAAAACUCCAAUCCUCAAAAGGCUUUAGAACCAGUAGAGGUCGAGUAUGUGCCAGAAGACGCGGAGUUAGAUGGAGUCUUGGAUGAUGAGUUCAGGAAGGUCUUUGAGAAAUUCAAAUUUUUGGAACCGUCUGCUACAGAGGAGAAUGAUAAGAAGGAUGCUACUGCAGUUGAUGCACCCACAAAGAAAAAGAACUCAGAUUCCGACGAUGAAGAGCAAGAGACUCAGCAGAAAGAAAAAGGAGGAAUAUCUAAUAAACAAAAAAAGAUUCAACGGAGGAUGAAAAUUGCUGAACUGAAACAGAUUUGUUCCAGGCCUGAUGUAGUUGAGGUAAAGUUCUACUUUAUCAGAUAG